AUGAUCACCACAAAUAUUGCCGAGUCGGUGAAUGCUAUGUUGAUUGACGAAAGGGAGUACCCCGUGGCAUCCAUAUUCAAUUCGAUUACCAAGAAAUUUGAUGAAAUAUUCAGGGAGAGGCGUGCCUACGGCCUCAAAUGUAAGGAUAACAAAUUUUUUUUGGCCGUCGAAAAGAUCUUAAGAGACAAUAUGAGCGAGGGAGACUCCUUCUAUUCAGAGAACAUAAGCGGGGACAAAAGGCAAUACAUUGUGUUCAGAAGUGGCUGUACGACCAAAGUCGACCUACUGGAAAGGUCGUGUUCUUACAGGAAGUUUGACCUGGUCAAAAUACCAUGCGUUCACGUGAUGACCGCUUUGCGAUUGAAGCAUGGUGAAGAUUAUAGUUUGAGAGUCUAUGAUUACUCUUCGCCCUUGUAUAAAGUGGAAGAGUACCUCCUUGCGUAUUCGGAAUCAAUUAAUACUGUCCCUUUGGAGUCCGAAUGGCACGUGCCACUAGAAUUGCUAGACGUGAACAUUAUUCCACCUUUCGUAUUCACCAAACUCGGAAUAAAGAAAAAAUGCGUUAAGGGCGUGGGAGAGACUUUCAAGUCAAAGAGGAGGAACAAGUGUUCACUGUGCAAGAGACCCGGGAACAAGAGAACCACUUGUAACAACAACAAAUCGUAG